GCCUCCGCUGGAGGGAUGGUUUUCGGCGGAGGAAGUGACGCAAGACCUAAGCCCGAGGUCCGCGUGGGUGUAUACCCGCGGUGGUGCUGGGCAGCACCCGCCUUUGUCUGGAGCAACAUGGCUCUCCUCUUUUUCUUCGUCCCUGUCUUGCUGACCGGAAGCUGGGUUGAGAUGAGCGCCGCGAAUCCAGGACUUUCUUCGGUGCCACCACCAACCAAUGUUACAAUACAAGCCUACAACUUGAACACUGUUAUGUUUUGGGACUAUCCUGUUAUACUACAGAGUCCUGUGUUUACCGUACAAGUGAUGAACUAUGAGGACGGGAAAUGGAUUGAUGCCUGCAAUACCUCUGAUCAUUCUUGUAAUAUCUUUUCUGUAAUUAAUGAUCCAUCAAGUUCUGUCUGGGGUAGAGUUAAGGCCAGGGUUGGACAAGAAGAAUCUGUCUAUGCACAGUCCAAAGAAUUUAUUUUAUGCAAAGAAGGGAAAGUUGGACCACCUAAACUGGGUAUCAGAAAGAAAGAAAACCAUAUCAUUGUUGAUAUAUUUCACCCUUUAAUUACUGUAAAUGGAAAAGAGCCAGAAGCUAUGUAUGAUGAUGAAAAUACUUGUUAUACAUUCACAUACAGUGUAUUUGUGAGCGUCAAUAGAAGUGAGACUAUGGAUAAAAUGUACACGAAGGAAGAGGAUUGUAACGAGACUCAGUGCUUCUUAAAUAUUCCUGUGUCCUCGCUGAAUUCUCAGUACUGUGUUUCAGCAGAAGGAGUCUCAGAAUUAUGGGCUGUUACAACUGAUAAGUCUGGUGAACUUUGUAUUACCUUUUCUGAUGAUAACAACACAGAAGAUCCUGUUUGGAUUCCUAUUGUUGCUGCUUUACUUCUCUUUCUUGUAUUUGCUCUGGUAGUUGUAUGUUGUAUCAUUAAGAAGUUUUAUCCAAUUAAGCGAGAAGGCACCAAGUUACCCAAAUCCUUGCUGUCUGUGGUGAAAAAUGCCUCUUCAGAGGCAAAAUUUGAUUCAAAAGUUAUAUCACCCAUCACCUACCAGCCAAUUGCUGUAGAAAAUGAGCAGCUGUCCCCAGGGACCAUUUCAAGCCUACACACUGAGGACGAUCCAGGAAAAGUGGAACACGGAGAUCUUUCUAGUGAAAUGGAAGUGGUGACCAUUGAAGAAAAUAUUUCUGACUUGGCCCCAGGUAGUCCUCUGACCCCAGAGAGAGAGGAUUCUAUCCACGCAAGCAGCAACCAGUCUGAAUCCUGCAGCAUCACUUUGAAUGCGUAUCACUCCAGAAAUGGCUCUGAUAGUGGCCUGGCGGUGUCAGACAACUGCUCCAGCUCAGAAUUUCCCCCAAGUAAUAAAACGGAAGUAAAGACUGAAGGACAAGACUUCAUAACACCGAGAAACACCACCACCUCCUUUGGUUAUGAUAAACCGCAUGUGUUAGUGGAUCUGCUUGUGGAUGAAGGUGGUAAAGAGUCCUUAAUUGGUUAUAGACUUACAGCAGACUCCAGAGAGUUUUCAUGAGAUCAACCAAGAUGACAAACUGGGAAGGAUCUGUUUUUCCUGAAGAGCUUUUCCGCUUGUAUUCCAUGAACAGAUCCAGGAUUUCAGAAAUGGCGUCAUCUUGAUAGAAAUCAGAUGGAGUGUCAUGUUUUAGAUAAAAGUGUAAAGAGCCUGUCUGGCCAUGUCACUUUUGGUCUGAAAACUGCAGUCUCUUUUUAAAAAAGCCAUUGUCACACGUGAACCUUUGCAUCUACAUGUUAAUGGUGAACAUAACCCUGCUUCCUGUAGGUGUUAACUCCAGGGUCCUUUCUAACCACUUUAAGAGAUAAUAAGGAUUGUUUUUCUUUUUGUGCCUCAGCAUGGUAUACUCUUGCCUGGAGAAUCCCAGGGAUGGGGGAGCCUGGUGAGCUGCCGUCUAUGGGGUAGCACAGAGUCGGACACGAUUGAAACGACUUAGCAAGCAAGCAGUGUAUAUAAUUUUUUCAUAUACUUUCAGGAGAAAUCCUGAAUGCUUUUCAAAACUGCACUUAAAAUUGCCUUGAAAUCAAUAGUAUUAAAUAGAGUGUGUAAGUGAAAGAAUGUAUGUAUAUUUUUAUGAGAAAUUACCAUAAGGGAUAUUUUUUAAUAAAGUAACUUUAAAAUUCA